ACAGAUUAGGCCGCGCAAAAAAACUGAACGGAAGUUAAGAUGAUCAUAUUAUUCAAAGCUUGGAAACCAAUCGCAGAAAAACAUUAGCCACCCUGAGCAAUAAUUGUCCUGUUUCAAGGUUUUUUAUUCGACGCUUCGGAUGCAAUUGGCCGCCGAUGUUAUAGGUUUUGAGCGAAACUCUGCUUUAUGAACUUUCGACGUUAUGUAUAUUUCAGUUUUAAUUUCCGAUGAUUUCUAGACAGUUGCUCUUUUUAAUUAAUUCUGUCUGUCCGAACUUUAUGCAACUCUCUAUAAAUGCGGUAAAUUAAACCUAAACCGGUAAUGAUUGGCUAGUGCUAUAAUGCGGCUUUAUGUGCUCUGAAUUGUCUCAAUUAAAGCCAAUUAAUCUUAGUCCUUCGUAAAUUGGGUCAGUGAACAAGUUACUGAGUUACAACUUGAAGGCUUGUGGCUGAACCAUACAAGUUGAUUCAUUAGAAGCAGAAACAGUGAGCGUAUGGCUGGGUCUCAUUAUCCACAGGCCGCAAGCUCACUGCUAAACACGGGCUGGUAAAUUGAUGUCGGCGUGUUUUAUGUUUAUUAGAGAGAUGGUAUAUCAAUCGGAGAUGGAUCGAACUUUUCCCAACUCCCAGCUCCUCAUAUCCUGAAAAUAAAAGUUAAAGAUGCCCAUUCAAAUUCAAGACUUAUCUGUAGAACUUAAAGUUAAUACAGUUCAAAUUAUAACCAGAACCUGCCUGAAAAGUCACCUCUGUCAAAAAGUCUAGCUUCUUCGCAUCUGGUAAGGAAUUUGUCAGUAUUUAUCAACCUUCCCAAUCCACUGAAUUGGAGCAGUAAUGAUUGUCAUUGUACAAUUGUUUCUUUCCGGAAGGCUUCUUUGAUUGUAUCUAUGAUUUCAGUGCAAUUUCGUCAUAUAGUUUUUCAUAGAUUUCCCAUUUUUCUGGCGUUCUGUGACAGUGAUUUCUCGUAUUUUCAGUUGUCGCAAAAUUUAUGUCACAAAUAAAAGUUUUAAAACCAAAAAUGUCAAUUUCUAGCUUUUUGUGUUAAUUUUGUUGAUUAACGUCUUUUCCGGCGAAGCAGGCUCUUUUUUGUCAACCAUUCUGGUCGAAAGGCACAUAUACCUUAUUUUGUGCGCUUUGAAAUAAAAUAAUUGAUGGUUACACAAUCUCAAGCGGUACGGUUUCAAGAGUUUCAUGCAUUUGGAGUAUUUUUUUGACCUGAAUUCUUUCCUGUUCGUUCACUUUAGCCUGAAAUCACGUCUGAUCUUUUACGGCAACCUGAUAAUCCAUAAAUCAAAAGAGACAAAAGUUUUGUUGCAUUUCAUAAGGUGAAAACAAAAAUCAGCAACUGUUUGAUUCCGUAAUUGAAGCAUGGGUUGAGAAUAUUUUUUCUGUUCUGAUUGAAGUGGCACUUACAGGCUUUGCUCGUUCCAGUAUGAUGAAAAAUGGUCAAGCUGGGAGCGAGCUUGAUAUAACUUAGAGUCGAAAUGGAAUCACUGCGUUCCCUUUCCUUGAGUAAGACUGCUUCUGCCGGAGCAUUGACAGGGUUCUCUGUGAGAUUGUUUGUGAAUCCGCUUGAUGUGAUCAAGAUUCGAUGGCAACUUCAAAUUGAACCAAUAUCUUCAAAAUUUGACAUUGAACCCGGAAAAUACAAAUCGUGGUCACAGACGGUGCGAAGUAUUGUAAAAGAAGAAGGUGUAAGCGCACUAUGGAAAGGUCAUCUAUCGGGCCAAGUGUUGACAAUCGGGUACAGCAGUUUGCAGUUUACAACUUAUAACUAUCUCUGCCGCGGUUUUGUUGAUCGGAAAAGUUUUGGAAGCAACUUUGUUAUUGGCGGUAUAAGUGGUUGUGUAGCGACCCUGGGAACCCUGCCUAUCGAUUUGAUUCGAACUAGAAUGGUCUCUCAGGGCAAUCUUGUAAUUUACACGUCAAUCACGAAUGCUUUUAAAACAAUAUACAAGCAAGAUGGAGUUCUCGGCUAUUUCCGUGGGUUAACCCCUGCGCUUGUUCAAAUUUUUCCGUUCACCGGUCUUUCUUUUGGAAUUUACAUUGCAAUAAGAACGCCAAUGCAGAACGUUGCAGGGCAUGAUCAUAAACAGAUGUCUAACUUCUUCUCGGGACUCUUAACUGGAUCAGUCGUCAAAACAAUUCUGCACCCUCUGGAUGUCUACAAAAAACGAUUGAUGGUACAAGGCUUCGCAGACGCCAGAAAAGAGUUCGGAAAGUUUGUUUAUUACAAAAAUAUGCUGGACUGCAGUGCCCAAAUUUUGCAAACUGAAGGAUUUCUCGGAAUGUUCAAAGGACUGAGUCCGAACGUUGUAAAAGGUGCAGUCGCUACUAGUCUGCAGUUUGGCUUCUUUGAAUUCUAUAUAGAGCUACAGAGACAAGAUUGUCUUUUUGCCUUUGAAAUAGUUCUGGAUACCGUGAAGGACUUGAGUUUGUCUUCGACUGCAGUUGCUGCAAGCCUAACUGGGUUUUCAGUGCGACUAAUUGUCAACCCGCUGGACGUAAUUAAAGUUAGAUGGCAAUUACAAGUUGAAGCCAUUUCCAGAGACGAAAGCGCACAACGGAAGUUAAACAAAGGCUUUCAGAGCAAAUAUCAAUCAUGGGGGCAGACGUUAUCCUGUUUGCUGAAAGAAGAAGGUCUGAAGGCUUUCUGGAAAGGUCACCUAUCAGGCCAAAUGUUGACCAUAACAUUUAAUGCCAUUCAGUUUUCCGCAUACAAACACCUGACGUCUUUGGCUGAUAAUGGAGACUUUGUAUCGAAAACUCUUGCAAAUCAGUUUGUCGUUGGUGGCAUCAGCGGUUCUCUGGCAACUAUUGGAGCCAUGCCGCUCGAUGUUUUGAGAACUCGACUCGUAUCUCAAGGAAUCAAAAAGGUUUACUCCUCAAUUCCAAAUGCUGUUAAUCAGAUUGGGAAAACAGAAGGACUUCUUGGGUUUUAUAGAGGCCUGUAUCCCGCAUUGCUGCAAACUUUUCCCGCUGGCGGGAUGACAUUUGGUUUUUAUCAUGUGUUUAAUAAGUCAAUCAAAUCGACUGCAAACAUCGACGAUAAUACUGCAAACAUGACGGCAGGGUUUUUAUCUGGUUUGCUGGUCAAAUGCAUUGUGCAUCCGCUAGAUGUGCUUAAGAAACGACUGAUGAUUCAAGGUUUUGGCGAAGCUAGAAAAGAUUUUGGACGAUUUGUCGAGUAUCGAGGUGUCACGGAUUGCGCAUGGAAAAUGCUUAGAGAAGAGGGGCUGAACAGUUUUUUCAAAGGAAUUUCUCCGAAUUUAGUCAAGGGAGGAGUAUCAACUGCUUUGACCUUCGGAUUCUUUGAACUUUAUUGCAAAUAUUUGAAAAAUGAAACUGAUUUAAAGUGAUUAGAUGCCUGUGAUAGAAUAUCAUUUAUAAAAAAACUUGUAUUUACUAGAUUUAGUUGAAGAGAUUUCAAUAUCCUCAAUUUUAA